AUGAGCAGCCUAGCUAGCAACACAGAGUCUGAGUUCUCUGACGAUGAGAUGGAGGGAAGCCCUCUCUGCCAGGGGGAGGACAGUGGAAAUGAAAUCCCCUCGAAGAGAUCCUGUCCUGCAUUGGAGAGCUCCGUCAGUCAUUGCCCCAGCGAACUGGAGGAGGCGAGGACGGCCAAGAAGCGUGCCCGUCCCGUGCGGUCUAAAGCCCGCCGCAUGGCCGCCAACGUGCGCGAGCGUAAGCGUAUCCUGGACUACAACCAGGCCUUCAAUGCCCUUCGCACAGCUCUGAAACAUGACCUCAACGGUAAGCGUCUGUCCAAGAUCGCAACCCUUCGACGUGCCAUUAAUCGCAUCUCUGCGCUCUCCAUCUUCCUAAAGACUCAUCCCAGCGGCCCCGACCAGCUGCCCUGCACGCACGCCGAGUGCCAUGGGAUACAGGAGGAGACCAUAGUGGACCCUGGGAAACAGAGAAGCUUCCAGAACCAGGCUGAGAACUUCAUGCAGCAGCAGGAGCAUGAGGGGCUUCAUGUACAUGCCAUGUCCCCACAAAAGCAGGUUUAUCAGGACGUCACCUCAAAUGCCACACAUCCUUCCCCUCAGCACGGUCCGUGUUCCCCAGACGACUGGAUCCACGUGAAUCAUGGACCCUUUGGCCACUCUUGGGAAGAACUGAGCGGUGCCUCCUUCCAUGGUGGAGUUCCAGCGUGCCAGUAUGGGAUGAGAACUAUGUGUCACCAGAACCACAUGGACCACUAUACAGACUGUCCUACUAUGCCUGUGUCCUGGCAGCUGGGUUAUCGGCAGUGCUCUGGCUAUCAGCGGUCUCUCAGUAUGCACUGA